UAAGCGGCCGGCCGGGGCUCGCGAACCACGCUAUCACGAACACCGAACACAUAAGCGACAAAACCCGAUAAACGCAUAUUAAAGACGCUGACACAACUAUUUUAAAGCUAUACUUAUUCAUAGCGCAUAACACAGAGUGCCCAUGCAAACACAUUUUCUGUGAAGAGCAUUUAAAAUCGCAGUUACAUAAAUAACGGGAAAUUGGAUGGAAACUGGACAUUAAGUAUAGUGUAUGGUAUUUUGUUUACAUAUAGGUACAUGUGUUUGUGUCUCAGCACAGCCUCAGUGACCAUCAAUUGCCUACAAGUGCUGGUAAAAAUUAAACUUAUGCCGCUACUGUAGAAGAAUAUCAACUAUGGAUUUAUCUGCUCAAGAGGUUAUCGACGGAAUCCUCUCCAAGGAGGCUGCCGAGACUCCAUCCGACUCGGUCAAACAAGAGGAACUAGACAUCGAGCUGCCAAAAUGGUUCGACGAGAAGAAAUACAACCAAGGCCGCCGCUUCUACUGGGACAACUCCUUCUCGCUGACGACGUCGAUGCUCAUGGGGCUGCUGGCCGUGCUGGCGGUGCCCUCCAUCCUCAAGAUCCUCAUCAGCUCGCGCCGCUCCUCCUCGCAGUACACCAGCUACAAGCGAUACCUCUCCACCAUUCUACACGUCAGCUCCUGGUUUGAGUGUGAACUCAAACCGGGUACGACGGCGUGGAAGUCGCUAUACACGGUCCGCAGCCGCCACCUGAAGGCCGGGCUCGCCGCCAAGCUGCAGGGCCUGGGCGUGGUCUCGCAGCGCGACAUCGCGCUUACCCAGUUCGGCUUCAUCGGAUUCUCUAUCCUCAAGCCGGACAAGUUCGGAGUGCGGCAGACUGAGGAGUUCGACUGGGACGCCUAUUGUCACACGUGGGCUGUCAUUGGACAUAUGAUCGGCCUGGAGGAUAGAUACAACCUAUGCCGCAGAAACAUGGAAGAGACCCGGCAAGUCUGCCAGGCGAUCCUCGACAGGGUUUACACUCCUUGUCUGGACAACGUGCCCGAGUACUUCGAGCACAUGGCUCGAGUUCUGCUCGAGUCCAUGUGGUGCAUCAACCCUACCAUCAACGUCGAGUCGUCUUUAUACGCAGUGAGGCAGCUGGCGGACGUGCCGGGGUACAUCUAUACUGAGGCCGACAGAAUUGAUCUUCAGAGGAGAAUUAGAGAGAAACUCAAGGGAAAACCGAUAGAUUCAGGCGUGGACUCUCGUGAGCUGAUCUCGGCGCCGGCCGUGGAGGGCCUACCUGCGCGCGCGCCGCGCCUACUACGCCUGUGCGACUACGAGACCAUCGACCAGGCCCCAGAAUACAGCUCCCUCCCCUUCUGGUCCAAAUACAACUUGAACCUCGGCAAUCUCAUCAUGUUCUUCCACACCACUUAUCUGGGCCGUAUCUACUUCAAACUAAACUAUUUCUAUAGCCUCUGGUUGAUGAAGUACUGCCCGUAUCUGGCGUUCUUCAAGUUCGGAAUAAGGAAUUCCUUCGUUAACAUAUUUAAGGAGGAUCCUAUGGAUGAUACGAAGCCGAAGCCUAAUUCGGAGUACAACAAACCUAAGCCACCGGAAACGUGGUUUAGAAUAAUUUUAGGCGCGUUUUGGUGAAUUUAUGGUUUUUAAAUUUGAUGUAAAUUACCAUAUUUUAUUGAGUCUUGGCUUACGCUUGAACAAUCUUUACCUCAAUAGUAGUUUAAGACUUUAAGUGGUGUAGGGAGACUCGACGAAGCAUGUUAUUGCCAAUAUAAAAUAAUUAAAAACUAUUUUGACUGUUGUAACAUAUCCUUAUAAGAGCAAUUUAUGAUGACAUUUAUUUUACUUUAACCGACUUAAAAAUAAUAAUUGUAUUUUGUUUAUAUUUGAUUUAAAAUGAAACUUAAUGAUUGACAGAUUUUAAUGUUUACAUGUAUCAUGUAUAAUAAUUAAUUUUAUUUUAGAACCCCGAAUGAUGGGUUAAAGUCGGUUUUUGAAAAUUAUUAUGUAUUUAUUUUGUAAAAUUACUAAUUAGGAAUAACCAUUAUUAUUUGUCUCUCUUAAAAACUCACGGGUAUAUACAUCCCGGUCAUUUGAUAGGCGUGCGUGGGGAUACAGAUCCAACACGUAGAGGCCCUUUGGAGAAGUUUGCUGUUAUGUAAUACACCUGCUAGAACCCAUUCACGGGUACAAAUAGAUACCCGUCAAUCGGUCCCAACAGGCGUAGGGGCUAUUGUAAAUAUAGUGGAGAAAAGUGCUGGGGAAUAACCAUUAUCAUUAUGAUAAUAGGUUGACGAUGUUAUAUUAUUGAAUAGCAAUAUUAGCAAUUUAUUUUAUUAUAAGCACAAUAUCAAGUAACUUUAGAUUUUAUCGAAGUUGUAAUAAAAUGUUGGGACCAUCA